UGCAAAACGGGUAUUUCUGGUUCGCCUGCUCACUCUUAUCUUCCACCUUCAAAUGCCGUUGUUUCACCUGAGAUUGUCUGCUCCACAUUCAACCCUUGAUCAUGUUCCGCUGUUUGGUUAUGUGGCGGAAGCCAAUCACUUUCCACUGAACACGGAGCAUUUGAAUUAUCAUUUACGUGUUCUGAGGAAUCGGUCUCCCUCGUUUGCCUCUGUCUGUUCUUUCCCUCAACUUCAUUACAUUGGAGCUAUGCAGAUUGGUGUUGGCAUGGAUGAGAAAUGUGAUAUUGCCAACCUCAGCCAUUCUAUAGUUAGCAGAAAGCCACAAGAGCAGCAAAACGUAAGAAAGGAGGUUCAGUUAAUUGGUCAGAAUGACUCUACAGUAAGUAUUAGCAACAAAGAUUACAAGGAAAGAGAAAGACGAAAGAAAAUAGGACUAGCCAACAAAGGAAAAGUGCCAUGGAACAAAGGCAGGAAACAUAGUGCAGAGACUUGUGAGCGCAUCAAGCGACAAACCAUAGAGGCCCUAAAAGACCCCAAGGUGAAGGUUAGAAAGAAGAUGUCCCAGCGUCCCCGUUCUCAUAGUGUGGAGUCCAAGGCAAAAAUGAGUUCUUCACUUAGACGGCUUUGGGGAAGGCGUCUAAAAUGGAAACGGUCAAGGGAGAAACUCUUCCUGUCAUGGGUAGAAAGCAUAGCAGAGGCGGCUAAGACAGGUGGGAGUGAACAACAAGAGUUAAAUUGGGAUAGCUAUGAGAAUAUAAAGGAAGAAUUAUAUCUCCAACAGCUUCAGCAGGCUGCAGAAAAGAAAAAGGCAAGGGAACGGGCAAAGAUGAGAGCCAAGGAAGCAGCAGCACGAGCUAAAGUUAAAAAGAAGGCAAGGCGUGCUAUUGAAAGGAGAGUAGAUAGUGAGACUAACAAAGACAAUGAAGAGUUGACAUCUCUGAAAGGGCUGAAAGUUAAGCAGAGAUCAACGAAGCUUGACAGAGAGACUUCCACAAAUGAUCAAGUUGCUAGUCGAAGGGACAUAGUUAAAUCGCAAUUGCAUAUCUCAGCUUUGGAGAAAUUGGAUGCAGAGCUUAUAAAGAGAGAAAAAUUGCGAGCAGAAGUUUCAUUUGCAGACCAGAUAAGAGCUGCCAAAAACAGAAAAAUGGAACAAGCUAUGGCAGCCCCAUCUGUUGGGGUAGUAAACGAGAAACCAGGGAUGCAUACCCAUACACUUCUGCAGUCUCAGUAGUUUGUUACCAUCAAAAAAGGAAAAUGGAUUAGAAGUAUUGGACUUCUGGACACCUUUUCCAUCUAGUGGCAAGAGUCCCCUUGUUUCUUUCCAGGGCUUGAUGUUCAAAUAACAAGGAGGUUCUGGCUGCAAUCCCACCCUUUUUCGGUGAACCUGUUACGGGCAGAAAUUGCAUGUUAUUCAUAACAUCCUGGUGUAGUUGAAUAUUCAGAUGAAACUCCUUACUAAUUUUAGUUUUUAAUUCGCUUCUGUGAGGCUAGGUUGAGGACAGGGAAAACAAGGAUGAAUCUCUCCAACAGGGAACCCCAAAGUUUUGUAAGGAAAAGGAAAUUGAAAUUGUGGAGUUCAUGUAAAUUGUAAUCCAUUCUUAUUUCAAUAUGCUAGAGCAUAUUUCAUUUUUA